GGCCCCAUUGUCUGGGCGCGGAGGCGGAGGGACGGGAGCGGCGGCGCCGCUCGCACGGACGCGCCGCGGAGCCCUCCCGGCCAUGGCCCCCGCACCGGCACCGCCACCGGCACCGGGGCACCGGCUGGCGCUGCUGGCCGCCGCCCUGCUCUGCGCCUCAGCGAGGGGUGACGGGGAACCCCCCGACCCCGUUUACCUGCCGGCAGACCUGGCGCUGCUCGGCGUGCCCGAGUACUACCGGCUGCAGCGGGCAGACCAGGACCUGCCCGCCAACGCCUCCCUGCACGCCCGCACCGAGACCUUCCUGCUGCUGCGGCACGGCUCCGCCGCACAGCCCCUUGUCCAGGCCACCUACCCGCCCUUCAGCACCCGGCAGGAGGUGCCCACGGAGAGCCCCCCAGGGAGGGACGGCUCGGCAGCCUGGGCCAUCCGCGCCGUCUCCCUCGAGAGCGCCGUGUCCCCGGCAGAGCCCUUCGCCCGCGUCCUCUUCCACCUGCAGGGUCCCGACUGGCUGCCUGGGCAGCGGGACCACCCUGGGGAGCGGGACCACCCUGGGGAGCGGGACCACCCCAGGGAGAAGGACCACCCCGGGGAGCUGCCCUGCGUCACCCUCCACGCACACCACCGUGGCCGGGUGGCCCGUGGGACAUGCCGCCUGCAGGCACCCCUGGGCGUCUGCGUGGUGGAGCUGGAGAUCCCCCCGCGCUGGUUCUCCCCGGCAUCCCCCGCCCCACGCAGCCGCCGCCGGGCGGCCGAGCCCCCCGGGCGCCCCGAGCCCCCCGAGCCGGCUGAGCUGCACUACAGCGUGGUGGGGCCGGGGGAGUGCGGCCGUGCCGGGGGCCGGGAGCGGAGCCGCAGCGGGGAGGCAUCGCGGUACCUGGGCUCACUGGAGCUGCGGGCGGCCGAGCCGGCGCGACGGCAGGAGGUACGGCUGGACGACAAGGUGCUGCUGCGGGUGCCCGACGCCACGCUGCGCCCGGGGCAGCGCUUCACCGCCACCCUCGCCCUGCGGCACAACUUCACCGCCGACCAGCUGACGCUCCGGAUCAAGGCGAAGAAGGGGCUGCAGGUGGUGGCCGCCCGCCCUGGGUCCCCCACCGCCUGGACCGCCCAGCUGGAGCGCACCCGGGGUCCCAAGCACUCAACGGCCGUGGUGACCUGCCGGCGGAGCGGGGAUGCUCGUGGUGGCUGGAGGGUGGCCGACUCCGCCACGUUCCUGCACCUGGACCUGGCGGUGGAGAACGGGACGGGGGGGCUGGCGCCGGCGCGGCCCCUCACCUGGCAGGUGGAGUACCCCGGCCAGGACCCCGAGGCCCAGAAGGACAAACUGGUGUGGGAGAUCCAGGUGUCGGAGCGGGACGUCCGUGCCCUCGUUCCCCUGGUGCAGGAGCUGGAGAUCUUGAACACGGCCCCGCUGACGGGGGUCCCCCGUGCUGUGCCGGUGAAGUUGGUGGCGGUGGAGUCGGGGGGUGGCGUGGCCGAGCUCACCGAGCCGCCGGGCUGCGAAUCGGCCGACAAGCAGGUGCUGCAGGUCUCAGAUGCCUGCGAUGCGGUGUUCGUGGGGGGCAAGGAGAGCCGGGGUGCUCGAGGGGCACGGGUGGACUUCUGGUCCCGGCGCCUGCACACCUCACUGCGCUUCACCGUCUGGACACCGCUGCUGCCCCUGCGCGUCCAGCUGGGUGACACCGCGCUGGAGCAAGUGCGGGGCUGGCGCCUGCCUGGUGGCCCCGAGAGCGCCCCGGCAGAGGUGGAGGAGCCCGGGGAGGAGGCUGAGCGGCGGGCGCGGGGCUGCCGGCCCCAGUACCAGCGGACGGCAGUGAGGGUCCUGGCCCACUUUGUGGCCCACCCGCUCGAUGGUGGCCGUCACCUCGCCUACCUGCCCAGCCCCGACUGGCUCCUGGAUGUCACCCACCUGGUGGCCAGCCGGACCCGGGUGCAGGACCCUCGCGUGGCCUCGCUGGAGGGGGGCACCGUGGUGGUUGGCCGGGAGCCUGGGGUCACCUCCGUGGAGGUCCGCUCCCCGCUCUCGGAGUCCAUCCUGGGGGAGCAGAUGCUGGUGGUGUCGGAGGAGAAGGUGACGGUGACGGAGCUGCGUGCCCAGGUGGUGUCGGGGCUGUCCCUGGCGCUGCGGGCAGAGCCGGGCCACCCUGGCGUGGUCACCGCCACCGCCCAGGGGACGGCCACCCUGCGUGCCCCCAAGCAGGAGGCGACGCUGUCCGUCUGGCUGUCCUUCUCGGACCACACGCUGGCCCCGCUGGAGCUGUACGGCUGGCAGGACGUGGCGUUGUCCGUGACCUCGCUAGACCCCGCCGUGGCCACCGUGGGGGGCUCGUCCGGUGUCCCCACCGCCCGCCCAUGGGUGGUGGCGGAGGGGCCGGGGCGGGGGGCUCUGCUGCAGCUCAGCCUGCACCCCCCAGACGCCUGCCGCCGGGGCCGGCACCGGGCAGCCGCGCUGGCCGCUGGCACCGCCUGGCUUGAGGUGGGGGGCGGCCGGCGUGCCCCCACCCCCGGCAGCCCCCGGCACCGCGGCGGCCGCCCCCGGCCCAGCUCACCCUUCCCGCGGGCCGAGGGUGCCAUGUCAGGGGAGGCGGUGACGGCAGCCAGCGAGCCCCAGCGGAGGGACCCUGCCGGCGUGGGACCUGCCUCCACCAAGUUCCAGGGGCUGGGGUCUUCCUCAGAGGAAGAGGAGGAUGAUGAAGGCUAUGGCCACAACCGUGCCGGCGGGGAGGAAGAGGAGGAGGAUCAGAUGGUGAAGGCUCCCGAGCGGGUGACUGACCUGGAGAUUGGCAUGUACGUCCUCUUGGGUGUCUUCUGCCUGGCCAUCUUCAUCUUCCUCAUCAACUGCAUCUUCUUCGUCCUGCGGUACCAGCAGAAGGAGCUGCCGGAUGCCGGCGCGGCCCCCUCGGCCCCCCAGCCCCACAACUGGGUCUGGUUGGGCACCGACCAGGAGGAGCUGAGCCGGCAGCUGGACCGCCGGCAGCCCGAGCCCCCAGCCCCCGAGGCGGGCACCGAGGCUGGGCGCUGCUGCUGUGGGGUGCCCCCGGGCACCACGCCAGGCUCCGAAGCUGGGGGUCCCCCCGGCACCCCAACAGCGGGGGCACCCCUGCCUCGCAAGGAGAGGGGUACGCCAGGGGGUGGCCGGAGGAAGCGGGUGGAAUUUGUCACCUUUGCACCCCCCCGGGUCCCUGAGGAGCCCCCCCAGCCUGCCCCCAACGUCCAGUCCAUCUUGGUGGCCAGCGAGGAUGACAUUCGCUGGGUGUGCGAGGACAUGGGGCUGCGGGACCCUGAGGAGCUCAGGAGCUACAUGGAGAGGAUCCGGGGCAGCUCCUGACCCCAGGGGGCAGCCCCUGGCCCCCCAGCCCCGGGCAAACCAGUAAGGGACCAACCUCUUCCCCGUGCGGCCCUGGGGGGCCCCACCCCCUGCCUGCAGCGGGCUCUGCUGCUCCUGGGGACCACUGCCCAUCCCUCCUGGUGGCCCGAGCUCUGCCCCAGCAGGGCCACCCAAGGGACCAGCCGCAGAUGCCUGCAGAGAUGGCGGGGUGUCUCCACCCCAUCCUUGGGGUCUGCAGUGGACCCCCACCCCUCGGUGGCACUGGGGAGGAAGCCGGGGUGCCCUUACUGUUUUGGGUCUCAUUGUGACAUUGUGUUCAUAGUGAUGAUGAUGAUCUUGAUGAGUCCUGUGGUCUGAUCCCGGGGAGGGUCCCAUGCCCCCCGCCCCACCCAUGCCAUGGGGGGGGGGGGGGGGGGGCGCCCCCCCUUCACCCCAGACACGCAUCCGUUUUGUACGACUGGCAUUUUCUACCUGUAACGCCCCGAUCAGGGGCCUCCGCGAGGGGCUGUUAUUUAUGGAAGAUUUUUAAUUCUGACAUUGUUACAAAAAUAAAAUAUUUUAAAAA